AUGUCAGGAGAUGCAGAGAUGGCCGUCUUUGGGGAGGCUGCUUCAUUUCUCAGAAAAAGUGAAAAAGAAAGGAUUGAAGCUCAAAACAAACCUUUUGAUGCUAAGAAUACUGUCUAUAUAGAUGACACAAACACUCUGUUUGUAAAAGGUUUUAUUACAGCUAGGGAUGGUGACAAAAUUACUGUAAAAACUGAAGAUGGAAGGACAGAAACUGUCACCGAGUCUCAAAUUUACCAACAAAAUCCGCCUAAAUAUGAUAAAAUUGAAGACAUGGCCAUGAUGACUCAUCUAAAUGAGCCUUCUGUGCUCUUCAAUCUUAAAGAGCGUUAUGCAGCAUGGAUGAUUUAUACCUACUCUGGGCUGUUCUGUAUCACUGUAAACCCCUACAAGUGGCUGCCAGUGUACAACCCAGAGGUUGUUGCCGGCUACAGAGGAAAGAAGCGAGUGGAAGCCCCACCCCACAUCUUCUCCAUCUCUGAUAAUGCCUACCAGUCCAUGUUAACAGAUCGUGAAAAUCAGUCUGUCCUGAUUACUGGAGAAUCUGGUGCAGGAAAGACUGUAAACACCAAGCGGGUCAUCCAGUAUUUUGCAACAGUUGCAGCUAUUGGAGAUGCUGGAAAGAAGAAGCAAGCUGACAACAACUUAAAGGGGACUCUGGAAGAUCAAAUCAUCCAGGCCAACCCUCUGCUUGAAGCCUUCGGUAAUGCCAAGACUUUGAGAAAUGACAACUCCUCACGUUUUGGUAAAUUUAUCAGAAUCCACUUUGGAACUACAGGAAAACUGUCUUCAGCUGAUAUUGAAACAUAUCUCCUGGAGAAGUCCAGAGUUACGUUCCAGCUAUCAGCUGAGAGAAGCUAUCACAUCUUCUACCAGAUCCUGACAAACAAAAUACCAGAACUCAUUGAGAUGCUUCUGCUCACCACCAACCCAUAUGACUACCCAACUAUUAGUCAAGGUGAGCUUAAAGUGAAGAGCAUUGAUGAUGAAGACGAAUUCAUGGCUACUGAAAGUGCCAUUGAGGUCUUGGGUUUCAAUGCAGAAGAAAGGGUUAGCAUCUACAAAAUGACUGGUGCUGUCAUGCAUCAUGGAAAUAUGAAAUUCAAGCAGAAGCAAAGAGAGGAGCAGGCAGAACCUGACGGAACUGAGGUUGCUGACAAAAUUUCCUAUUUGAUGGGCCUGAACUCUGCUGAUUUGCUCAAGGCAUUGUGCUACCCAAGGGUCAAAGUCGGCAAUGAAUUUGUUACCAAGAGUCAAACUGUCCCACAGGUCUGCAACUCAGUUGGUGCCCUCUGCAAGUCUGUUUAUGAGAAGCUGUUCUUGUGGAUGGUCACACGUAUCAACCAACAGCUGGACACCAAGCAACCAAGGCAGUUUUUUAUUGGUGUCCUGGAUAUUGCUGGAUUUGAAAUCUUUGACUUUAACAGCUUGGAGCAGCUUUGCAUUAAUUUCACCAAUGAAAAACUGCAGCAGUUCUUCAAUCACCACAUGUUCGUCCAGGAACAAGAAGAAUACAAAAAGGAAGGCAUUGAAUGGGAGUUCAUUGACUUUGGUAUGGAUCUGGCUGCCUGCAUUGAGCUUAUUGAGAAGCCCAUGGGUAUUUUCUCAAUUCUUGAAGAGGAGUGCAUGUUCCCUAAGGCUACUGAAACCUCCUUCAAGAACAAGCUCUAUGAGCAACAUUUGGGCAAGUGCAAGAAUUUUGAAAAGCCCAAGCCUGGUAAAGGAAAGGCUGAAGCUCACUUCUCUCUGGUGCAUUAUGCUGGUAUUGUGGAUUACAACAUCUCCGGCUGGCUUGAUAAGAACAAGGAUCCAUUGAAUGACUCAGUUGUUCAGCUCUACCAGAAGUCUUCUGUUAAACUGCUGUCCUUUCUUUAUUCCAGCUAUGCUUCAGCUGAUAGUGGUUCUGAUUCAAGUAGCAAGGGAGGUGGAAAGAAAAAGAAAGGAUCCUCUUUCCAGACGGUAUCUGCUGUAUUUAGGGAAAAUUUGAACAAACUAAUGACCAACUUGAGAAGCACCCACCCUCACUUUGUACGUUGUCUAAUUCCAAAUGAGACCAAGACUCCUGGUAUCAUGGACAACUACUUAAUCAUUCAUCAGCUGAGAUGUAAUGGUGUGCUAGAAGGUAUUAGAAUCUGUACAAAGGGUUUCCCAAGCAGAAUCCAAUAUGGUGACUUCAAACAACGUUACAAAAUCUUGAAUGCUAGUGCAAUUCCAGAUGGUCAAUUUAUUGACAGCAAAAAGGCUGCUGAGAAGCUUCUUGGAUCAAUUGAUGUUGAUCACAAUCAGUAUAGAUUUGGACACACAAAGGUGUUCUUCAAAGCUGGUCUUUUGGGUACUUUGGAAGAAAUGAGAGACGAAAUGUUGGCCCACGUUAUAACACGAAUUCAGUCUUAUUGUAGAGGAUACCUGAUGAGGAUAGAAUUUAAAAAAAUGAACUCAAGAAGGGAAGCAUUAUUUGUCAUCCAGUACAAUCUCAGGUCAUUUAUGAAUGUCAAACACUGGCCUUGGAUGAAACUGUAUUUUAAGAUUAAACCUCUCCUAAAGAGCGCUGAGACUGAGAAGGAGAUGGCAAAUAUCAAAGAGGAAUAUGAGAAAAUUAAGGAAGCACUGGAAAAAGCAGAAGCAAGAAAAAAGGAACUGGAGGAGAAAAUGGUUGUUUUGCUGCAGGAAAAGAAUGAUUUAAUGCUACAAGCUCAGGCAGAAAGUGAAACUUUGGCUGAUGCAGAGGAAAGAUGUGAAAGCCUCAUCAAAGGAAAAAUACAACUAGAGUCUAAAAUCAAGGAGAUGACAGAAAGACUUGAAGACGAGGAAGAAAGCAAUGCAGAACUGUCAGCAAAGAAGAGAAAGCUGGAAGAUGAAUGCUCUGAAUUGAAGAAAGACAUUGAUGAGCUGGAAAUUACUUUAUCCAAAGUAGAAAAAGAGAAGCAUGCCACAGAAAACAAGGUUAAAAACCUUACUGAAGACAUGGCAGCUCUUGAUGAUAAUAUUUCCAAGGUUACAAAAGAAAAGAAAUCCCUUCAAGAGGCUCAUCAGCAAACACUUGAUGACCUUCAAACUGAAGAGGACAAAGUAAACACUUUGUCAAAAGCCAAGUCUAAGCUAGAACAACAAGUUGAUGAUCUGGAAGGUUCCCUGGAACAAGAAAAGAAACUUCGUCUUGAUCUUGAAAGAACCAAGAGGAAACUUGAAUGCGAUUUGAAAUUAACCCAGGAAACAGUAUUAGACUUUGAAAAUGACAAACAGCAAGCUGAAGAAAGACUUAAAAAAAAAGAUUAUGAAAUAUCCCAACUCCUAUCAAAGAUAGAAGAUGAGCAAGCUCUGAGUUCUCAGCUACAAAAAAAGAUCAAGGAACUGCAGGCUCGUACUGAAGAACUUGAAGAGGAAAUUGAGGCAGAACGUACAGUUCGUGCAAAAGCUGAGAAACAGAGGGCGCUUAUCACCAGGGAACUUGAAGAGAUCAGCGAAAGGCUUGAAGAAGCUGGAGGUGCAACAGCUGUCCAGAUUGAGAUGAACAAGAAACGUGAAAACGAGUUCCAGAAAAUGAGACGUGAUCUGGAGGAAGCAAACCUUCGACAUGAAACCAUUGCAUGCAAUCUCCGAAAGAAGCAUGCUGAUACUGUCGCUGAACUUGGUGAACAGCUCGAUAACUUGCAGCGUAUAAAACAGAAGCUAGAGAAGGAAAAGAGUGAGCUUAAGAUGGAGAUUGAUGAUUUUGCCAGCAACCUGGAUAACACCUCUAAACUAAAGGCCAACUUUGAGAAGUUAAACCAUGUGCUUGAGGACCAGCUUAGUGAAGCAAAGGCAAAGGGUGAGGAGCAGCAGCGCCUUCUUAAUGAUCUCACUACUCACAAGGCUCGUCUGCUGUCUGAGAAUGGUGAACUGUCUCGUCAAGGUGAAGAGAAAGAAUCUCUAAUUUCUCAGCUCUCCAGAGGAAAGCAAGCAUUUAUCCAACAAAUUGAAGAACUCAAAAGACAGCUUGAAGAAGAAACAAAGGCUAAGAAUGCCCUUGCUCAUGCUGUUCAAUCUGCCCGCCAUGAUUGUGACUUGCUCCGUGAGCAAUUCGAGGAGGAACAGGAAGCAAAGUCUGAGCUCCAGCGCUCACUGUCCAAAGCCAAUAAUGAAGUUUCACAGUGGAGAAACAAAUAUGAAACUGAUGCCAUUCAACGUACUGAGGAGCUGGAAGAGGCCAAAAAGAAACUUGCCCAACAUUUACAGGAAGCUGAGGACCAAGUUGCAGCUGUGAACUCCAAAUGUGCCUCCUUGGAAAAGACUAAGCAAAGGCUGCAGUCUGAAGUGGACGACUUAAUGAUUGACGUUGAGAGGUCAAACAACGCAGCAGCUGCCCUUGAUAAAAAGCAGCGAAAUUUUGAUAAGGUUCUGGUGGAAUGGAAACAGAAGUAUGGGGAGGGACAGGCUGAACUGGAAGCAGCUCUAAAAGAAUGUCGCAGCCUGAGCACAGAGAUCUUUAAGAUGAGGAAUGCUUAUGAAGAAGCCCUAGAACUUACUGAAACACUGAAAAGAGAAAACAAGAAUUUACAGCAGGAGAUCACAGAUCUCACAGAACACAUUGGCGAAAGUGGAAAAUCCAUUAAUGAACUGGAUAAAGCUAGGAAGCAGGUUGAGCAACAAAAGAAUGAAAUGCAGGCUGCCCUGGAAGAAGCUGAGGGGUCUCUGGAACAUGAAGAGACUAAGUUCCUGCGCAUCCAACUUGAGCUGAACCAGGUGAAAUCUGAGAUGGACAAGAAAAUUGCAGAAAAGGAUGAGGAGAUAGAACAGCUAAAGAGAAACAACCAGAGAGCCACUGAUACCCUGCAGACCACAUUGGACUCUGAAAUCAGGAGCCGAAACGAGGCAUUGAGACUGAAAAAGAAGAUGGAAGGAGACUUAAAUGAACUUGAGAUCCAGCUGAACCAAGCCAACCGCCAAGCUGCUGAGGCUCAGAAACAGCUCAGAAAUGUGCAGACUCAGAACAAGGACACUCUUCUCCAGUUGGAUAACAAAGAAAGGAUAGAAAGUGACCUGAAGGAACAAAUUGCUGUGCUUGAACGCAGAACUGCCUUGCAACUGGCAGAAAUUGAAGAGAUCAGAGCUGCUCUGGAGAUGUUAGAUAGAUCUUGUAAGGUUGCAGAGCAGGAACUUGCGGAUUCAAGUGAGCGCCUUCAGCUGCUACGCUCACAUAACACCAGCCUAACUAACAGCAAAAAGAAGCUUGAAAGUGACGUCUCUCAACUUCAAAGUGAGGUUGAAGAAUCCAUUCAAGAGGCCAGAAAUACUGAAGAGAAGGCCAAGAAAGCUAUCACAGAUGCUGCUCUGAUGGCAGAAGAACUAAAGAAGGAACAGGAUACAAGUGCUCACUUGGUUAGGAUGAAGAAAAACCUGGAACAAACUGUAAAGGACCUGCAACACCGUCUAGAUGAAGCAGAACAGCUAGCAUUGAAGGGAGGCAAGAAGCAGCUUCAGAAAUUGGAGACUAGGGUCAGAGAACUGGAGAAUGAACUGGAGAAUGAACAGAAACGAGGUGUUGAAGCUGUGAAAGGUGUUCGAAAAUACGAGAGAAGGAUGAAGGAACUUACUUAUCAGAAUGAGGAGGAUAGAAAGAAUGUUCUGAGACUUCAGGAUCUGGUUGACAAACUCCAACUGAAAGUCAAAGCCUACAAGAGGCAGGCUGAAGAGGCUGAGGAACAAGCCAAUGCCCACAUGGCCCGCUACAGAAAGAUGCAGCACGAGCUUGGAGAAGCAGAAGAAAGAGCUGACAUCGCUGAUUCACAAGUGAAUAAACUCAGGGCAAAGUCCCGUGAUAUCGGAAGCAAGAAGGAUUCUGAGGAAUGAUCUACGAUAAGAGAAACGAAAAAACUGGGGACUUUCCAAUUAUGUGAAAUCCCCCUUACCCCAAAACAAUAAAGUGUUUUAAACCU